CGCAGAGAAGACACGGUACUAGCUGAACUGCAUGCACGCAGAGUGACACGUGUGCGGAACGGAGGAGAGCGAAACUUGAGUUUUCCGAGAAAAAGCACCGUUGGAAAGAAGUGAAUCUCCCCGUUUCCAGACCGGAUUAUGUCUCUACCCUCUUCGUCCAAGAGGGUUCUUUCUCGGCCUCAGUUGCUCUCUCUCGAGUGCCCUCGAGUAACUUUACGCACGCUUUCAACAACUCUCAGCGGAAUCGCGUUGUUCAUUUCCCUCCACUUUCGUCGCUGCUCUUCGUCUCACGUUCUUCAUGGGGAAGGACUGACGCAGAGAGAUGGAGAUCAUGUCUGUGACUUCUUGAAGUCACUUCUGUACCGUCUGCUUUGCCUCGUCACUGGCUCUCAACUCCUCGUCCCGUUCUCGUCAGCCACCUCGUUCUUUUGUCUUUGUUCCUAUCUGUGCGAGUCGCUCUCUACGCUUUCUAUAUAUAUAUAUCUACAUACUUAUAUAUGCAGAUAUAUGAGGAUAUAAUGCAUGCCUAGGGCAUACCCACUGUAAAAGGUGAAAAGCUGGACUGCCUCUCGCGAACGAGGUCGGAGCUGCACCUCCACCGAAUGCCCAGUCACACAUCUGCUUUUCUCUUAAUGCACAUUGCCAUGCUUGCGCGCCUAAGUGAUACCUGCAUCCACACACUCACCUGUCUGUCAUUUUCACCUGUCUGCGUAUCUACACCCAUUCUUUCGCACCUUCGUCCAACAGUACAUACACAUACAAGAGCAUUUCUUUAUCUACCUAUAUAUAUAUAUAUAUAUAUAUAUAUACAUAUGUAUAUACAUAUAUAUUCAUAUUCUUAUAUAUCUGUUUAUACAGGUUCCCACGCAUUCUUUUGUGUACGUCUGUGUGUCUGUGAGCCUUCAGUUGGCGUUGUGUGCGUCUCUGAAACGGAACGAGAUCGAAUCGUUUUUCCUCUGUCUUCGUUUUGCCCUGGCAGCAGCGGCUUCUUCCGCGUUUCUGGAGCAGGCAGCACUGUCUCUGCUGUUCUUCGCCAAGAGGUGAACUUGCUCUGCUUGAAAGAGACAAAAUAGAGGGUGUGUUUGCAUGCCUGCCGAAGAGUCGCAAAGCAAAUUCGUAUCGGUGCGAGCACCAGCCCAGGUCCGGCACCAGUCCCGUCGGAAGUACGUACAGCACUGCUCCUGCGCGUAUGCGUGAAACAAGCGUUUUGGAAAGACUAUGCACAGCACCGAGUCUCCGACCGAAACUCAACGUCGGCUUCGGACUUUCGCUCUCUCGGUGCAGCGAGCUUUGUGUCUGAAAAGGCGCAGGGAACCGCGAGCGAAGGGGGGACGAGAAGGCGGUAAACGGCAACGGCAACGCCAACAGAAUGUGUGCUUGACGCAUGAAGCCGCGGACUUGAGCCAAGUGCAUGCACAGCUUGUCCGAAUGCAUGCACUUGGCCGUUCCCGCCUCCCGAGACUGCUUCUUCCGUUUGUGGCUUAAACACGCUGCUCGCACGGUCUCUGCCACGAUGGCGGUUCAAGCAUCCGACUGUUCCCCUCGGUCUCUCUCGUCGUUUUCCUCCUCGUCUUCGUGCUCUUCACCUUCUUCGUCUUCCUCUUCCCCCUCGUCCCGCUCUUCUUCCUCAUCUCCCUCUUCUCUUUCUUCGCGCUACUCGUCCUCCUCUUCGCCUUCGCCUCCUGCGGCACCAGCGUCCGCAUGCCGCCGUCUACAUGCGUUGUCGGUCGUCGCUCAAAGCCAGCGACACCGAGCUCUGGCCUCCCGCCAGUGUCCGUCCCUCGCGCCGUCUGCGUCUUCCCCUUCUUCUCUUUGUGGUCUUCUUCAGGGGGGCUACGGAGAUCCUGGAGCGAGUCCUGAGCAUCUGCGUGCUCAGACUGCUCGGCUGCUGCCUCGGCCGCAGUCGCUGCUGCUCAGUCAAAGGACAGCCGUGAGAAGACCGGCGGCCUUCCCGCCACCAUCGUCCGUUCCUUCGUUUGCUUUUCCGCUUCCUGCGUCUGCUUGUCCGAGACCUGCUGAUCAGCUUUCGUCUUCAUCUUCUUCGUCAGCUUCCUUCUCGCAUCUCUCUCCACGUCCAGGCUCCCAGGACGCCCUCGUGGGUCGCGGCAAACUCCGCGUAGAGGGAGAAAGCGUUCGUGAACCGCUACGGAGGGAGGGAGAGAGCGAAGGAGACAGGGGACGAGAAGGCGAAGGAGAGAGAGACGAGAUUCAUCUGGAAGACUCCUUGCGUGUCAGGCCUUCCGACGCAGAGGUCCGUGUGGGGAGGAAACGAGAGAGAGGACGCGCGGGAGAGAGAAGAGCGGGGAGAUCCAGUUUCACUCGGAGCCGGAGAAAAGCGAGAAGCACCAAAUGUGAAGUUCCGCAAGAGACAGUUGCGCAAACGAGCGUUUGCGCGCCAGAUAACAGCGACCGACCAGCACAGAACGAACAAACGCUGCAUGCACGAAACAACCCAGGCCUGCCUCUCACAUCUGUUGCCUCAUCUCCACCCGGUCUUCCUGUUGCUUCAUCGAUAUCUUCUCGCUCUUCUUCUUCCUCCUCUUCUUCGUCUUCUUCUUCGUGUGCCUCUGAAGCCGAGAGGGAGAAGACGCCGGGGACUGGAUGGAGCAAGUCAGGGAAACGUCCUUUGUGUGAGCGAACGGACUCUAUUGUGUCUGCAAAAAAAGCGAAGGCAGCCUCGCAGAAGAGGUGGAAACACAGAGCCAAAGCAUCGAGGGAACUCAUCUCGGCUGCGAACCUCUGUUGGGACGACAGCCCGACCAUGCAGAGCGACGGACGCGUCUCUGCGGUUUCUUCUUCUCUGAAUCCUCCUGUCUCCCCUCCGGCUUCUGUGGGCGCAGCGAGAGAAGGACGAGGUCCACACUCCGCGGUUGCCGACGCAAGCACGGAGUCGAUGCAUUCAGAAACUCGAACGGAGCAAAGUCGCUCCACACCCUGCGUUUGUGUGGCGACACUGGAGGCCCCGCCCCAGGCUCCCGGCGGCACACGAGAGAGGCAGAGGCAAAGGGCGAGCGGAAGGCCUGAAGAAGAGAGACAGGAGGGGAACGAGGAGAAGAAAGAUAACGACGAGGAGCAGGGAGGGAGGAACGAGGAGGGAGAAAGGAAAGACUGUGAAGAAGGGAGAGAAGAGACGAGACCAGGUAGAGAGAAGAAGCAAAAAGUGAACGAUGAGGAGAAAGAACGGAGAGAGGAGACCCAGAGGGAAAAGAAGAACCCAAUGCCAGGAAUCGGACGGCAAGGAGACAAAGAUGCGCAGGAGACACGGGGAGAAGGCGAGAAGUCGGCUGAAGAACGAGACGUUUCCUCGCGAGAACCUGACGCGUCGCAUGCGUCGAAGCGACCAGAGAAAAGAGAUGUUUCCCCUUCUGCGUCUGCGCCUGUGCGACCGCCUUCACUGAGAGACGUGAUUCGCCUGGUUGCGGCACCACAUCGUCUGCGGAUGUUGAUCGAGGGCGAAACAUGGCGAGACAGAAAAGGGAAGAAAGCGAAUCCACUCGAAGAGACCGAAGAAGAUAGAUUCGACUGUCUGUGUUGUUCCGAGAUCUGUGCUCGCUGCGCCUCCGCCGCCAGCGCCGCGCGACAGCUCUUCCCGUGGCGCGCCGUCCUCGCAACUCGGAAGGAGGAGCCUUCUUCACUCUCUGCGUCUGCGGGGUCGAAGCGAAGAGAAGAAGAAAACGCGUUCUUCGACGAGACAGAGCGAGAAGGAGACGAGAGCCUCGUGCCUCCGGAAGACUGGUACACGAUUGAGCAACUAAGGAGGUGCGACCGCGGGAACAAGUUUUUCUUUCUGCGGGUGCCGCCUGAUAUCACGGCGCAGACGGCCGAGAUGCUCGCCGAGGUCCUGCUCACAGACGAAGGCGCCUUCGACAUCCUCGUUCCUUUGCAGGAGACGCAGGGCACACACGAGGUUUCAGAACCUUCUUCCUUCCCAGCUCUCUUGGCCUCGUCGGAGAAGCGAGAUUCCUGGUCGUCUGUAUCCUCGUUUCGCGAACAGGGUGGAAGCGCGAAAGGCGCUGACUCUUCGGGGCUCAUGCAGAGCGAGCAUGAAGAGGCCGCUGACAUCCCAGGCUCCUUCAGGGAGACAUCACGACACACCCAAGCGAUGGAGACAAAUGGCGAGAGAGAAGGAACCCACACUUGCAUGCAUGUGGAGGGCGACAGACCUGGUGCCAAUCCGCACGAGGCGGACGCCCUUUUUUCGCUGCAAGAAAUAGGAAAAACAGAGAACUGCGGAGACGGAGAGCUGAUGUUGGAAGGGGCGCUUCGGAGAAGGGAGUUCAACGAAGGCCGUUUGGGGAAGAGCGCGUUCAAAGAAGGCGGCUUAGCGGACUCCCAAGGCACUGAGGGAGCGGCGAAACACUCAGAAACCGAGGCCUGGAGUUUCAAGGAGGGGACGCAUGCACGAGAGACCGAAGGGCCAAACCGCGGGGGGGGCACACCGGGAGAAGCCGGGGCGCGGCUAAAGAGAAGUCGACAAGACGAGAGGACAGAGAGCAGCGAGAGCUUUUGUGAAGGAAGGAGAACCGCACUUCGAAUUAAGGAAGAAGGUGGAAGGAGACAGGAAGAAGAGACACAUGCGGAAUCCAAAGAAAAAGGCUGUCAGCUUCCUGUGACGGACGAGCCUCGGCUUCGCAGUCUUCUGGUCUCGGACCGCGCCUGUGCCGUCCAGCGUCGCCUCGAGGACGCCCUAAAGCGUCUCCAGUCUUUCUUCGCUGAAGAAAAACUGACUGAAUGCGCGGCGAGCGAAGCUGAGUGCCUUGGUCUGGGUUUUGAACGAGGAGAACACGAAGAGCGAGGAGACAAGGAGAGCAAAGGGUGUCCUUUCUGUGAGACACAGGCCGAAGGGGGCUUUCCGAGAAUGCCAAGAAGGCCUUCUGGCGGCUGCGCGUCUCAGUGGGAAGGCAACGGAGAGGAGGGUGGAGGGAUAGAUGAAAGACCAACGAACUACGGACAACUGGAAAAAGUCGAAGAGCACUGGCAACAUCGUCUUGGGGUAAACGUGAGGGAUAUGAGGAACCAGAGGGCGCGACACGGAAAAGAAGAAGACCGGCGGGAAAACAAAGAAACAGAUAUUUCAGGAGACAGCGACGCUCUGUGGCUGCUCCAUCGUCUUUGCCAUGCAGAUCCCACGAGUCCACAGACGUCUUCGGAUCUCUCUUCUUCACCUGCAUCCCCUUCUUCUUCAUCAUGUGUGGCUUCUUCGCGUUUGCCGUCAUCUGCUUCAUCUUUUUCAAUUUCGCCUCUCUCUUCUUGUCCAGCAAACGCCGAGCAACCGGUCACGAAGAGAAGCCGCCAGUGGCCUUCUGCGCCUCUGCUUCCAAUCCGCCUCAACGAGGACGUGGGCGAAGGGCGAAAAAACGAACUCUUUGCAGAGCUUCUUCUCCGAGUAUACGGCGGUGCCUGGAAACAGUCGCUUUUCAACAGGUGCCCUUCCCUCUCAAGCUCACAUUCGUCUUCUUCUUUUUCGUCUUCUUCUCUCCGUGGUCGGUGCUCGGCGCCGCUUCAGCGACUGGCUGUCGAGAGGCUGCUGGCUGUCGAGGAGGCGCUGCACCUCUUGCCCACACCUCGUACUUCUGGAGCCGCUGCGGCGUUGUGGCGAGAAGAGCCAGUGAAGAGAGCGAGGCGAAGCGCCGUCCUCGUCGAGCCCCUACAGGGCUCCGUCUGCCUCGUUGAUCCGUACUUCCAUAUGAGUCAGUGUUCCGUCCUUUAUCGGAAGUACAGCACGCCUCUCUCCUCGCUCGCUUCCGAGAACUUUGGAGCUCCACAAGCGACAGAGCCAGCAGCCCUAGCUUCUGCUUCUCCUUGUGUGGCAUCUGAGGAUUCAAGCAGCCUUUGUGCAUCACAAGGCGUUGGGAGAGGCGGGAGAGGUAGAGGACGAGGCCGGGGACGAGCGCGAAGGGGAACGUCCAGUCGGCGAGGAGAGAGCAGAGCGGUGAGUGAAGCGCCCGAGGCUGAGCAAAGGGGCGUCAGGGGGGAGGACGGAAGCCGCGAGAAAGCAGAAGAGACGGGAGAGGUUGAGCGGACUGUCGCUUCCACAGGAGUCAAGGACGCGCAGAAAAACAAGGGUGAACAAGGUGAAACAAACGCACAUCUCCCAGCUCUGCUUGCGCCGCCUCGCACGCUCUUCCGCGGAUUUUUAGUCAACCACGACGGGACGCUCCCCCAGAAUUUGGCCUCUCAGCUGCUUCGCAAUCGCGAGGCAUCACGCGAGGAUCAGCGGCGCCAGCAGGCCUUUCUCGAGGCCGAGGCCGUGGAAUGGCCCUCGGUCCCUGCGCCACACCGCUUUCCAAAUCGGCGGCGAAGACGCUACGAACUCGCGAUCGCCGCCAAAAGAGUCAAGCUGCAAAAGUCACGCAUUCACGGGUACGGAGUUUACGCGGUGGACUGGAUAAAGGCCGGGGAGACAAUCAUGGAAUACGUCGGCCAGGCGUACGCUUUCAAGCAGCGCAAAGGCGGCCUGGACGGCGAAGAGCCGAACCUCGCCGAAAUCAGAGAAGCGCGUUACGACUGGCAGCAUGGGAACUGUUACAUUUUCUCUCUUGAGGCGGACAAGAGCCAGGCAGAAGGCAACGUAGCGUGCACAAAGACGAAGUUUGUCGACGCGACAGACAGCGGCAACCUCGCCAGGUACAUCAACCACAGCUGCGAGCCGAACUGCGAGUCUGUCAGGAUGCCGCACAACGCUGUUGCGAUCGUCGCCCUCCGGGACUUGCUCCCAGGAGAAGAACUGUUUUACGACUACCACUUCUCGGACAAGUCGAAAGAAGUCUGUCUGUGUGGAGCGCGAACCUGCACGGGGAACAUGUGAAGGAAGAACUCGCGCCGAGGUCGGGAAAGAGAAGGAAUCAACGGAACGACUGUGGAGUCAAAACCGAACACGAGAGAGAGACUUCGGCGGAAGAAGAGAGCGAGAGAGGAGAAGAAGAGAGCGAGAGAGGAGAAGAAGUGAGCGAGGGAGGAGAAGAAGAGAGCGAGGGAGGAGAAGAAGAGAGCGAGGGAGGAGAAGAGAGCGAGGGAGGAGAAGAAGAGAGCAAGAGAGGAGAAGAAGAGAGCGAGAGAGGAGAAGAAGAGACCAGGAUCCGUGUGUCCUGCUCUUUCGCGUCUGGCCUCGACUCGGUUCAUUGUCGUUCACAGUGACGGGCACCGAAAGAAGGAAACUGCG